CUGGGACCUCUCGGCCGAGCCCAGAGACAGCCAGUUCCUCUCCCGCCGCGCCGGGCCGCGCUGCCGCUCGCUCCCCGGCCGUGGCGCCUCCGGGCCAGACGCGCUGCAGCCUCCAGCCCGCGGCAAGCGGGGCGGCCGCGCCACCCCCGGCCCCGCGCCAGCAGCCCCUCGCCGCGCGUCCAGCGUUCCCAGCCAGCAGCCUCCCCCUACGCAGGUCCUGCUGGGCCGCCCCGUCGCGCCCCCCGCUCUGAACUCAAGUCACCGUGGAGCUCCGCCGCCCCGAAACUUUCACCGCGAGCGGGAAAUAUGGGAUGUAUAAAAUCAAAAGGGAAAGACAGCUUGAAUGACGAUGGAGUAGAUUUGAAGACUCAACCAGUACGUAAUACUGAAAGAACUAUUUAUGUGAGAGAUCCAACGUCCAAUAAACAGCAAAGGCCAGUUCCAGAAUCUCAGCUUUUACCUGGACAGAGGUUUCAAACUAAAGAUCCAGAAGAACAAGGAGACAUUGUGGUAGCCUUGUACCCCUAUGAUGGCAUCCACCCGGAUGACUUGUCUUUCAAGAAAGGAGAGAAGAUGAAAGUCCUGGAGGAGCAUGGAGAAUGGUGGAAAGCAAAGUCCCUUUUAACAAAAAAAGAAGGCUUCAUCCCCAGCAACUAUGUGGCCAAACUCAACACCUUAGAAACAGAAGAGUGGUUUUUCAAGGAUAUAACCAGGAAGGACGCAGAAAGGCAGCUUUUGGCACCAGGGAAUAGCGCUGGAGCUUUCCUUAUUAGAGAAAGUGAAACAUUAAAAGGAAGCUUCUCUCUAUCUGUCAGAGACUUUGACCCUGUGCAUGGUGAUGUUAUUAAGCACUACAAAAUUAGAAGUCUGGAUAAUGGGGGCUAUUAUAUCUCUCCACGAAUCACUUUUCCCUGUAUCAGCGACAUGAUUAAACAUUACCAAAAGCAGGCAGAUGGCUUGUGCAGAAGAUUGGAGAAGGCUUGUAUUAGUCCCAAGCCACAGAAGCCAUGGGAUAAAGAUGCCUGGGAGAUCCCCCGGGAGUCCAUCAAGUUGGUGAAAAGGCUUGGCGCUGGGCAGUUUGGGGAAGUCUGGAUGGGUUACUAUAACAACAGUACCAAGGUGGCUGUGAAAACCCUGAAGCCAGGCACUAUGUCUGUGCAAGCCUUCCUGGAAGAAGCCAACCUCAUGAAGACCCUGCAGCACGACAAGCUUGUGAGGCUCUACGCUGUGGUCACCAGGGAGGAGCCCAUUUACAUCAUCACCGAGUACAUGGCCAAGGGUAGUUUGCUGGAUUUCCUGAAGAGUGAUGAAGGUGGCAAAGUGCUGCUUCCAAAGCUCAUUGACUUUUCUGCUCAGAUUGCAGAGGGAAUGGCAUACAUCGAGCGGAAGAACUACAUUCACCGGGACCUGCGAGCAGCUAAUGUCCUGGUCUCCGAGUCACUCAUGUGCAAAAUUGCAGAUUUUGGCCUUGCUAGAGUAAUUGAAGAUAAUGAGUACACAGCAAGGGAAGGUGCUAAGUUCCCUAUUAAGUGGACAGCUCCAGAAGCAAUCAACUUUGGAUGUUUCACUAUUAAGUCUGAUGUGUGGUCCUUUGGAAUCCUCCUAUAUGAAAUCGUCACCUAUGGGAAAAUUCCCUACCCAGGGAGAACUAAUGCCGACGUGAUGACUGCCCUGUCCCAGGGAUACAGGAUGCCCCGUGUGGAGAACUGCCCAGAUGAGCUCUAUGACAUUAUGAAAAUGUGCUGGAAAGAAAAGGCAGAAGAGAGACCAACAUUUGAUUACUUACAGAGCGUCCUGGAUGAUUUCUACACAGCCACGGAAGGGCAGUACCAGCAGCAGCCUUAGAGCACAGGGAGACCCGUCCAUUUGGCAGGGGUGGCUGCCUCAUUUAGAGAGGAAAAGUAACCAUCACUGGUUGCACUUAUUAUUUCAUGUGCGGGGAUCAUCUGCCGUGCCUGGAUCCUGAAAUAGAGGCUAAAUUACUCAGGAAGAACACCCUCUAAAUGGGAAAGUAUUCUGUACUCUUAGAUGGAUGCUCCACUCAGUUGCAACUUGGGUUUGUCCUCAGCAGCUGGUAAUCUUGCUCUGCUUGACAACAUCUGAGUGCAGCUGUUUGAGAAGAAAACACCUAUUCUCUCCAAAAAUGCACCCAACUAGCUCUAUGUUUACAAUUGGACAUAGGACUCAAAGUUUCAGAGACCAUUGCAAUGAAUCCCCAAUAAUUGCAGAACUAAACUCAUUUAUAAAGCUAAAAUAACCGGAUACAUAGCAUGACAUUUCUUUGUAUUUUCUCUAUGCUUUGGCUUACUUGUUUAAAAACAAAAAAACAAAAAACAAAACUAAUCCAACCUGUUAGAUUUUUCAGGUGAAGUCAGCAGCUUAAAAAUGUCUUUCCCAGAUUUCAAUUUUUUUUUUUUCCGCUACCUCCCAAAAUCUGAGACUGUUAAAACAUUUUUCUUCUAUGAACACUGCUCAGACCUGCUAGACAUGCCAUAGGAGUGGCGUGCACAUCUCUCUCUCUUCCAGCAGGAGGAGCCCGUGAGCAGGCACAGCUGCCCUGUGUGCUCACCGGAAGACACCGGGCUCACCUGGACCUCCCAGGAAAGGGAGAAGAGCCUCAGAAACUGCUCUGUGUUUAGAAAGAAUAUUUUUAAGAGUCCAGCUUUUUCAUUUCCACAAUUUCCUAUAUCCAGAUUUGUUUUGACAAUGUAGUUUGGAAGAACUAAGAUUCUAAUCUCUGAAGAACCUUAUAGGGCCUUCUAAAACAUAAGAGUUUCCUUUGUUGCUUCAAAGAUUUGAACAUUAUGUUAAAGAUCAAGUAUUAAUUUUAGUUGUACUCUAGGAAGCUAAAGUGCCACAUUUGGGGCUAUUUUUAUGAUUCAGCAAUCUUUUCUAAAUUGUGUAGCAUGUGUAUGAGACUAUUUAUACCUGAGGAUAUGAAGGAACAUAAGUGACUACGAGGCUCUAAUAAGCCAUGGUGGCUGGAGGUUCAAGCAGUUCUGUUCACUAAAUUUUUCUCCUGUAAGGUUUGAAUGGAAACUUCUGUAUCACAUGAUAUGUUUCACUUAUGCUGUUGUGUAUAUACCUAAUAUUUCUAUUUUUGAUUUUAUUUUAAUACACCUCAUCCAAUAACA